AUGUUGGGCGUCUCUUCUAGAACCGCGAUUCUAGCGUGCAAAGGCUCCAGACACCAAGUCAAUUCGCCCUGUCAGCGGCAGAUCAGAGCACAGACUUCAGGGGGCUUUGAAGAUGCCGUCGGGCAGGAGAAAGAAAAGCAGACUAGGACGCCUUGGCAUCGCGAGGGGUCUCAGCUACCACCUGUCAGGCGGCCGAGGUCUGCAGGCGCAAUGGUAAAGGGAAAGCUUUUGACUACGCCAUCCCGGCUUCUGAAACUGAUUUUGCCGCUUUCGACUCUGGACAAGAAUUCCGACAGGAAGGACAUCGAGCCUCUAGCACUUUUAGUACAUCCUCAACAGCCCCUUUCAUACUUGGAGCGAUUGAUACAGUCCGAAGUCCCGCUUAUCAAAGGGUCAGAUGGGGAUGACAAGAUUCCUAGGGUUUAUUUCAGAGCAGAAGACUCACAAGAAGACAAGAUCGAGCCAAAGGCCCCUGGUGAGAAGAAAGAUGAUACCCCUGAGGAUAUGUUUGACCCGACGGAAGAAGAAAGUGAACUCGAAGCAACAAAGGUCGACGGGGAGACCAUAAAGACUGGGAUAUUGAGGGAUAAGGGAACAGACACAGAGAUGGCACCGCAGAAUAAAACUGAGAGCAACAGCGAUCUUGGCCAGCAGGAACAAAGAGAGGGCGCUGACGAGAAAUUCAUCCGUUGGUCUCCAUCCACGGAGAUUGGCGAUUUCAUUCGGGAUGCGGCAAGAAGUAAGGAAUUCGCGGUCGAAAUCGAAGGCGCAGCGCAGGAGAUCUUAGUCGGAGUCCCAUCAUUCAACGAUCGCACGCAUUUCCUGCGCUCACGACUCAGAACGAGUGCAAACAAAAUUAUCGACAUGGCAGCUAUCAAGAAAGAGUGCGACAUGGCCGCGCAUCGUGGCGCCCAACGUGUAGCAAUGGCGGGUGGGGGAAUACUCGUGAGCUAUUGGAUUGUAGUUUACUAUUUGACUUUUUACACUGACCUUGGUUGGGAUGUGAUGGAGCCCGUCACCUACCUCGUAGGAUUGAGUACCCUUAUUGGCGGUUAUCUCUGGUUUCUAUACAAUAACAGGGAGGUAUCCUAUCGAGCAGCCCUGAAUUUGACCAUCUCACGUCGACAAUCGAAACUAUAUGAAUCGAAAGGCUUCGAUCUGCCGCGGUGGGAGUCGCUCAUCGACGAAGCCAACAGCUAUCGGAAGGACAUCAAACAAAUUGCACGCGAAUACGACGUUGAUUGGGAUGAGAAAGAAGACGCCAAAGAUGAACGAGUCACAAAGGCUAUGAAGCAGGUUAGGGAUGAUAGAAAAGCGAAGAGAAAGUCCAAGGAUGACGACGAGGACGAUUGA